UGCUAGUUAGGGCAAGAAAACAAGAGUUGUUGGUGAGAAAAAUAAAAAUAGCAGCAGUAGGAAUUAGGCACAGAAGGGAAAAACGCCCAGUUUCUAAUAGGAGCUGCCUAUUAGAGGUAGCCAGAGGAUUGGAGCUCGCUGUGCUUUACAUCAUUACUGUUGCUUCUUCUCAUUUUGAUAAGGAGCAAGCAGGGUUUGUGAUGCCCAGUCUGCUGCAGUUCCUCUGCCACCCUGCAGCUGCAGCAUCUCUGAAUGGUUUUGCAGAGAGAGAUGUCAGCUACCUGGCCUUUUAAAUGCUGGUUAUUCCUUCAUUUACUGCAGUCUUUCCUAGCCCUUUAUGGAACAAAAAGUGGGACCUUCAAUCCUCACAGUCAGUCUAAACAGGUAUCCUGCUCUGGAAGGGUGUCAGGAAAUGGGAUUCACACUGGCAUUACUCUCUGGUAAGAAUUUGGGCAACCACAGUGGUCCAGCCCUGUGCUGGAGCCCCAAGGCCUGAUGGAGAGCAUGUGGCUUUGGCAGGUCACAGGAGGAUGGUCCAUCAGCCCACCCCCAGGCAGCCUUUGCUCUGCACUAAUGACUGAACUACAGCAGACUUCUGUACAGAACAGCUAAACCGCCUGUCUGAAAUCAUCUCUGUGCUGAGAUUUACAAGAAGAAGAUUAACAAAUGCAAUGCUCAUUCUCAAAAAGGGCUCCAAAUUAGCUCCCCCCCAAAUGUGAGAGAAGCAUGGAACAAUAAAGUCAUUAUCUGAACAGGAGGGUGCACAGUAUAAUGGGGAGAGCAAUGAAUGUGAUACUAAAGGAAGUGCCAGCAUCUGCUUUUGUAAAGGCAAAUAUGGUCCUGUAAAACUGGAGGGGUUUGAGGGACUUAGGAAACAUAUGGAUAAGGCAGGUCUGGCCAGUACAGUUUGCUUGGAUUUAAAGAAUUUGGCAAAGACUGUCUCAUCAAAGUCUUUAAAUAAAGGCUGAAAUCAUGGGAUAAAAAAAGAAGAUAAAGAUUUUCUUGAGUAAAGAAAUACUAGAGAAUAGUAAAUGGAAGCUGGGAAUUAACAUCCCAUUUUUACAGCAAAGGGAAGUCAUCAGUGGUCAGAUCACAGGGGCCUUAUCUGAAAUACAGGCUGUACCUGGGAAUACUGGUGAGGUGAGAAAAUUGGAUGAUGGUAGAAAGUUAUUCAGGAUAAUAGGGUGGGAGUUGACUUGUGACUAAUUUCGGAAAGACCUAAUGGCAGUGAAUGAGUGGGCAGUAGAACAACAGAUGAAAAGGCUUAUGUAAAACAGUGUUCAUACAGAAAAAUAAUACAAAAAUUGCAUAUAAAACAAUGAUUGUGAAAUAAUAGUAACCUCUCUUUGAUUAUAGAAGUCCAUGCGGUUGUUAGCUUCAUGCUUGGUUGUAGUGAACAUCAGAAAUCACCACUGUCCAUGACUCACCAGCAUUGUGAACACCACAUUUCUGUGCCCACCUUCACUCUUAUCUCCAAAUCAAAAUGCCAGAAUUGGAAAUAUCUCUGAGAGAGACAGAAAAGGUGGUCAGAGGUGUAGAAUAGUUCUGUACAAAAAGAACCCCUUAGUAGGGCUGGAGUCUUCAGCCUGAGGAUGGAUAUGGAUGUUUCAGGUCUGUUACCACAAAUAGCUUGGAGCAGGGGGAGAGAAACGGGAACCACAGACUGAUUUUCCUUUCUUUGCAACAACCAGGUGCUAAAAAAGAGGCAGGGAGCAGGUUAUAAAUGAGUCAAAGGAGGGGGUGUUUCUGUAACUGAGCAAUGGAGCUCUUUGCCAAAGGGUGCAAAAUUUGUUAUGCAUUUGACAGCUGACUACAAGUAGCUGCUAACAGAGGCUUAGGAAGUACAAAGGCAAAAGAAACUCUGUACACAAUCUUUCUCUCUGCUCUUCCUUUGACAACCAUUUUGACCUCUGCCCUGCCUAGUGCCACCCCUGCUGCCCCAAAACUGGCUCAGGGCCCCAUUUGGCCAAGUCCUGACGCCUGCCAGGGUGGAGGCUCCUCCGCUGCGCUGGAGACCUGUGGCAAGUGCUGAACCCCCUUGGGGGGGAGCACGUGUGCAGUUUUUCCUGAUACCUAAUCAGAAUUUCCCUUGCUGCAAGUCAUGCCUGUUGCCUCUUGUCUUUUGGUUGUGUCCCACAAAAAAGAACCUGACUUAUCAGCUCUAAACCCCCACGGCCCCUUUUAGCUUGUCUCAGACAAGUGUUAAAUCCCUCCUUAAGCAUCUUUUCUUCAAGUUGAAUAAACCCAGCUUGCUCUCUGCUAUGUUCCAGGCUCUUCACUGCAUCAGUGGCAUUAUGCUGGAUCCUUUCCAGUUUCUUUUUUUCUUGCAGCAAUCCAGAUGUGUGGUUUUUAAUUAGCUAUUUCAUUUAUCUUCUGCUGUAAAUUUGUUACUGCGCUAGCUGUGGCCUGCUUCCACAAGGGAUUUACAAGAUGAGGUUCUAACACCUGUGUUGUACUGAAAGCCAAACAGUGUAAGAGUAGUCUCUUUGCUGAAAUCUCUUGACCUCUUAAUUAUAUUAAAAAGUGUUUUAGUGGCUCAAUUAUAGUCUUAUUAUAUUUAGUGGCUCAGCUGUUCCAUGCUGCAGCCAUUUGGGAGAGCAGCCUCAAAGAUACCGACUGAUGGCUUCUCUGUGGUGACAUUUCCCUCCCUUACUGGUAGUUUUUAAUUGGAUGGCCCAGAUCAAAGACACCAGGGCAGCUGCAUGCAUCCACUCCUUUCCUAAAAUGAAAGCAAGCAGAAACAUAAACUCAUCCUGUAAAUUAUGUGAUAUGGGGUUUUUGUCCACAAAAAUACUGUCAAGAGAUUACACUGCACCCUGUGGCUUGUCCUUCUGGAGGAUGCUGAGUUACACGGGAUAAAUGCUCUCUCACCCUUUCUUAUUCUGGUCUGGGCUCUUUGCUGCCUUGUUCUUUCCCUGUUCCCCUGUGUCCAGCUAAUGUUCGGUUCCUCAGACAGAUUUUCUCCUUCAGUGUAGGGUGCAGGGAUGCCCAAGUUUUGUUUUUUCUCUGCCUUGGCUUCACAUUUACUCAGCAUACUCUAAUAUGCUUUUGAUAUCAGGAAUUAUUUUUUGGGACUUCUUUCUGGAAGUUCCUGCCUUUUCUCCCUUGGCAAUAAACAACACUUGUUUCCUGUUCCCGCUAGACUGAUUUAGGUGCUCUCUUUCUGGUGCAACUUCUACAACUUUGUGCAGAAGUUGUUCCCUUGAGUUGCUCCCGUGCAUUUAAAAUCUCCUUGGUUUUCAAUAUCAGUUCCAAGUCAGUACCUCUGGCUGCCUGCAGCUCACCACACCCCAGCUCACCAUGUGCAUGAAACCAGAAGCAUUUCUAAGGAAGCUGCUGGAGGUGCCUGGGUUGCCUUUCUAGCAAUGAAGUUUAGCUUCCCACUCGUCUCUCCUGUACUUCCCUUUGUUGCUGGUUUCUGUCUUGGCCACGAGUUUUUGUCUAAGUCUUAGCUAGCAGCCUGUUCAUCUUUUUGCAGGAUUUCCCAGUCUGGUGGUAUGUGGGGAAGUCUGCAGCUGCUGCUGCUGCUUGAAAUGAGCAAGGCUCUUGCUGUUACUGCUGCCCACACCGCACAGGGUAGCUGAGAUGGCCCCAGGGAAUAGCCAGGCUCCUUUGCCAGCUGGAUUGCACUCUUAGGCCACGGCUUAGCUCCCAUUCUUUCACCAGACCUGCAGACUUGAAGCCAGUACUGUGGGCAGGGCAGUCAUGGGCCACAGCUGGAAGCAGCCAGGUGACUGGAAUGGUUUUCCUUCUUCUUAUACGUGGUUGUCCAGGUUGUCAGCUUUGGCCUCAGUGUGGGGUGCCGGGAUUUUGAAGGUCCUUGGCUCAGCUCCCUCAGUGCUGUGUGGGCUCCCUGUAGCUGUUUGUCCUGGUCUCUGCCUCAUUCCUCAGCAGCUUCACCACCCUCUCCCAACCUCCCGAUCCCUUUUGAGCUACCACUGCCCAUGUCAGUCCCAUCCCGUGGCAGGCUGGUUUCAGGCAGGCACUGCUGUGCUCAGAGCACUGGCCUGGGCCUUGAAGUCUGCAGCUCUGGGUUCACAUGGAUUCCCCCCUGUGCCUGUACAGAGCAUGUAGGACAUUUGGGACCAUUUGUGUUUCUCGUUGGACUUUUGGAGGAAAAGGGGAGCAGAGGACGAGCAGAACUGAGUUUUGUGAACACGGCCAGAACCCAAAAUUAAUGCGAAGAGUCAGCCCUUGGGUGCUGAAGACAGGGACCCAAAAAUAAUAGGGGCUAUGGGGAGGAAAGACACAAAAGGAGAAGCAGAAGUGUAUGCAAAGCAGCUCGGGGCUGCGGAGUGGAUGGCUCAGAGCGCUUCCUGUUCCCGGAGCCGUGUGUGUGCCCCGCUGUGUUCGGGCUCGCGCCUGCCCCUGCCCAGCAGCGCUGCACAUCGGGCCAGGGAGCAAGGCACCUGUGCAGGGAGAGGUGCAUGGAGAGGGCCUGAAUGGACUGACAGUCAGCUCCUGGAGAGAUACAUGGCCAGCUCCCAAGAGGCACAGGAACAGCGUGGCGUUGGGUGCCCCUGCACAGACCUCCGACUUCCCUUUCCCUUCCAGCGCAAACUGAUUUUUCCUCUGUGUUUUUUGGGUUGCUUUGGUGGCAGCCACUUGGCCGCCUCGGCUUUCUCCCUCCACAAUGGUGAGGUGGUUUCACCGUGACCUGAGUGGGCUGGAAGCUGAAGCCUUACUGAAGGGACGAGGUGUCCAUGGGAGCUUCCUGGCCAGACCCAGUCGGAGGAAUCAGGGGGAUUUUUCCCUUUCAGUCCGGGUUGGUGAUCAGGUAACCCACAUCCGCAUCCAGAAUACUGGGGAUUUCUAUGACCUGUAUGGAGGGGAGAAGUUUGCCACCUUGUCAGAAUUGGUGGAGUACUACACACAGCAACAGGGCUCGCUGCAGGACAAAGAUGGAACCAUCAUCGACUUGAGAUACCCGCUCAACUGUUCUGACCCCACGACAGAGAGGUGGUACCAUGGGCAUCUGUCAGGCCCUGCAGCCGAGUCCCUGCUCCAGGCCAAAGCUACCCCUUGGACCUUCUUGGUGCGGGAGAGCCUCAGCAAACCUGGGGACUUUGUCUUGUCUGUGCUCACUGACCAGCCUAAGCCCGGCUCUGAUGCGGCAGCAGGGGCAGCCGGUGCCUCUGGGGCGCGGCUCAAAGUCACACACAUCAAGAUCAUGUGUGAGAAUGGACGCUACACAAUUGGAGGGGCUGAGAUGUUUGACAGUCUGACAGAUCUGGUGGAGCACUUCAAGAAGAUUGGAAUUGAGGAGAUAUCUGGUUCCUUUGUGUACCUGAAGCAGCCCUACUAUGCUACAAGGGUGAAUGCUGCUGACAUUGAGAACAGAGUGCACGAACUGAACAAGAAGACAAGUCUGUCUGAGGAGACGUCCAAGGCUGGAUUCUGGGAGGAAUUUGAUAGCCUGCAAAAACAGGAAGCCAAGCACCUGUUUGACCGUCAUGAGGGCCAGAGACCUGAAAAUAAGAGCAAGAACCGAUACAAGAACAUAUUGCCCUUUGAUCACUCCAGAGUCAUCCUCCAGGGAAGGGACCCAAAUAUACCCGGAUCUGACUACAUCAAUGCCAACUAUGUCAAGAACACCCUGAUCAGCCCAGAUGAGUGCACCAAGACCUACAUCGCCAGCCAGGGCUGCCUGGACGCCACAGUCAAUGACUUGUGGCAAAUGGUGUGGCAGGAGAACACACGCAUUAUCGUGAUGACAACACGGGAGGUGGAAAAAGGCCGGAACAAAUGUGUGCCUUACUGGCCAGAGCUGGGCAGCACCAAGGAGUACGGUCCCUACCUUGUGCAGAACGCUGGGGAGCACGACGCGCUGGAGUACAAACUGCGGCACCUCUGCGUGUGCCCGAAGGAUAACGGCAAGGCUGUGCGUGAGAUCUGGCAAUACCAGUACCUGAGCUGGCCUGACCAUGGCGUACCCAGCGAGCCGGGAGGAGUCCUCAGCUUCCUCGACCAGAUAAACCAGAAGCAAGAGAGCAUCCCCAACGCAGGGCCUAUUCUGGUACACUGCAGCGCUGGGAUUGGCCGCACUGGGACCAUCAUCGUCAUUGAUAUGAUAGUGGAAACAAUCUCCACCAAGGGGCUGGACUGCGACAUUGACAUCCAGAAGACCAUCCAGAUGGUGAGGGCCCAGCGAUCUGGGAUGGUGCAGACAGAGGCCCAGUACAAGUUCAUCUACAUGGCCAUCUGCCAGUUCAUAGAGGCAACCAAGAAAAAGCUGGAAAUUAUCCAGUCUCAGAAAGGCAAGCCAAACGAGUGUGAGUAUGGGAACAUCGCCUACCCCCCUGCAGUGAGGAAUGCACAUCCCAAGGUUUCCCGAAAACCUUCCAAGCAGAAAGAGGAGUCAACAGUGUAUGAGAACUUGGGGAAAAAGGAGGAGAAGGUGCGGAAACAACGCUCCUCAGAGAAGAAGCUGAAAGGCUCACUAAAGAAAAAAUAAUCAUUACGUUGCAGGUAGCCCCAUGGGGGUUUGAACCUGGGCUGCAGGACUGGAGCUCACAUCCAGCUGGCCUGUCUCGCAUUCCUUGCUCUUGGACAGGAACAAAGCCUUCCCCUUCUUUCCUGUGCCAGCUUUCAGUGCCGUGACCCAUGGAGACAGUAUCUCAGCUGACCAACUCCAUGGUCCCUUGCCUGUGCAGGCCAGCACAGCACUGCCCCCUCAUCAUCCAUUAGCAGAAAAAGGUCACACCCCUCCUUCCCUUGCUCCCUGAGCACCAGGCCCAAACCCACCUCUGCUGUGUCAGCUUCAGAGGAAUUCUCAGCCAAGAGCUAAGGAAGGUCACUCCAGGAGCCACAUCUGUGCCCAGUGCUGUGAGUUAGAGUUUAUCCCGUUUGUGUUCCCUGAAGCCUCAGCUUUUCAAGUAUGAAGGUUUGGGCCUGUUUCAGCUCAGCUCCUCUGCAAUUCAACAGGAGACUUCCCCCUUCCUUAAUACCAACCUUCUGCCCCUCUUAUCCUUUUGCUAUCCCAUCCUUCACCAGGAUGCUGUAAAUAUACCAGAAUUUGAUGUGAUGGCCAUGUUUUCUGUUUUGUUUGUAAAUAAACUUGUGUUUGUUUGGCUACCAGGUCCCAA